UUGGGUGGUCGCCAAUUUUCAGAAACGUCUAUCAAACCCAAAGCAGAAAAGAAAUGGGAGAUUUCAAGUAUCUACCAAUUGAUGGAUACAAAAAAAGAUGUCCAUUGUCUCAUCCGACUCAUCCUCACUUUCUUUCCUCUCUAGCCAACCAAAACCCUAAAUCCAGCUGCUUCGUAUGCGGGAAACAAAAACACUACACCGAUCCAGGUUUCCAUUACCAUUGCACCAUCUGCCAUGUGGAUUUCCACAGUUACUGUUUCACCUUGCCUAGAAAAAUAACACAUCCUUUUCACCUCCAACACCCUCUCUUUAUCACCUUUGGAAAGCAUGAAAACAUCUUCGACGGCAGCAAUAUUAUAACGGAUGAAAUAGGCUCCGGAGAUGCCACUCUCAACUCUAUCUUCAGCACAUUGGAUCCUGGUAAGUCUGCAUGGGGUAGUAUAUACGAUAAUUGCACUUGGUGUGGGCAUUAUAUACCAUCAUCAUCACCACAUCCAAGCAGCACAGUUUUCUAUCGAUGUUCUAUUUGUAACUUCUGCUUGGAUACCUCUUGUGCGCAAAACAACCCACCUCUUACUAUUGAAAACCCAAAAGGCCAUCAUCAUUCACUCGUCUUCUUCCCUCGACCACUUUUACUUCCUUGUGAUGCUUGUGGGUUGGUCGAUAGAUCAGGACCAAGUUAUGCUUGUUUCCAAUGUAAUUAUAUGGUCCAUCAACUUUGUGUUGAUUUACCACGUGUCAUAAAGAUCACACGUCAUCCUCAUCGUCUAUCUUAUUCUCCAUACCUUCUUCCACCCCCAAAUUCAUUAUGUCGGAUCUGCUACAAGACAGUCGACAUUAAAUAUGGUCAGUAUUCUUGUAAAGACGAGGAUUGCUCUUACAUACUCCAUUCUAAGUGUGCAACACAUGUGAUGGUAUGGGACGGGAAGGAACUCGAAUGGGAACCUGAAGAAGUUGUAACUGAAGAUAUUGCUCCAUUCAAAAAUGUAGGUGUCGGUUUGAUAAAACAUUUUGGUCAUGAACAUCAUUUAAAGCUCGAGAAGUAUGAUAGUAUACGAGAUGCAAAGAAGCAAUGUCAAGCGUGCGUCCUUCCUAUCGUCUUGCAUGAUUUCUACAAUUGUAUACAAUGUGAUUAUUUUCUCCACAUAGUGUGUGCUGGUCUACCAAGGAAACUGGAUCAUGCAUUGCAUAAUCAUUCUAUUUUCCUCGACCCAUUUCCUCCACCCAACGAUAGUGACUUUAACCACCUACAAUGUUCAGCUUGUUCUCGAACAUCCAGUGGUUUCAAGUACAAGUGCUACGAAAAGGAUUGCAAGAUUCAUUGGUUUAAGAUAGAUGUGACCUGCUGUCUAGUUCCUGAGUACAGCACCCAAAAAUUCCAUGAACAUCCCAUAUUCAUCGCCCCAUACAAUUACGACCAUGAAAUAUAUCCUUGCAAGUGCAAUGGUUGUAAGAGACAUCUUACGAAGACUCGUCUACAGUGUACUCUCUGCGAAUUUUCUAUUUGCUAUGAAUGCGCUACCAUCCCCGAAGAGUUGCACUAUAAACACGAUGAACAUCCUCUCACUCUUUGCUAUGGAGAAGACACGGAUGGAAAGUAUUGGUGCGAAGAAUGUGAGAAGCAAGUGAAUCCGUCGGAAUGGUUCUACACGUGCAACAAAUGUUGCAUCACUAUCCAUAGGACUUGCCUAUUCGGAUUCUACGUUUAUCUGAAGCCUGGUCACACAUUAAAAUAUAAUCGUGCUACCACGGUGGAAGUUCUUGGCAAUAGUAUUAGUACUCGACCUAUUUGCAGUCGGUGUGAGGAACGUUGUCGUGGCUUCAUUUAUUUCAAAGUCGACUUGAAGACUCUUUGUUCUUCGUGUGUUUUUGCACCCCCUAAAAGAUAA